GGAGCAGGGUGGCAGUGGAACAGGGUGGCAGGGAGACAGCAGAGCAGGGUGGCAGGGAGAGAGCUGGGUCCCGGUGGCUGAGGAGGGACAAUAACUGCUGGGAGGGAGGUGCUAGGCGGGAGCUGUGUGAGAACCAGUUUGCGAGGUCCAGAUUGGCAGCAGAUCCUGAACCAGGAGGAGCUGAGCAUCCAUACGGCCCCUGCCGAGAUCAGACGCGACGACAGCGACUCGGUUUGGGGGAAGAAAUUGGAGGCGGGGGAAGCUUUUUUGCUGAAAUGAAAUUUGAACCCCAAAGUGGGAGGGAAGUGGAGGUGGGGGGCACGGCUCUCUCCACAUGGUUAUUACUGCUGUUUUCCACCCAGCUGAAAGGAGAAUGUAGCUUAAUAUGGACCCGCGGGGAGGAGAAGCACUCGGGAGCGGGGAUUUGGCAGGAGGGAGCUGGGAAACAGCGAGAGGAACGUAGAGAUGGGAGCUCGGUCGCCUGCCAGCCCCUCGCACUGGAGAACGGUGCCAGCCCGCCAGCCGAGUGGUUCCCGCGUGCCCAGGGCUCCGGCCCCCGCCAGCCCGGCAGCGACGGCGACGGCAGGAGCUUCCGAGUGAACCUGCACUGCAAACACCCCCGGAACAGAGAGCUCAAGUGCAAUAGCAGGAGCAGCAGCAAAGCCGAAGGUCCCGGUGUCACCUUCCCUGACCCCCAUGUCAGCAACUGCCUGGCCAAGCGGCACGCGGGGGAGGAGGAGGUCAGGAUGCGCGUGAAGCCCCCGGGCCCAGUGGUAACGACCAGCGUUGUGCGUGGCUCGCCCGACUACGUCCGAGAGCCCAAAUUCUACCCACCGGGACACCCGGCGCAGCAGCCCGCAGCCUGCCCGGCCGAGAAGGCGUUGUCCUGCAGCGUGCUCAGCUUCCCUGAGGGGUCGUGCCCCGCGCUCGGCCGGGAGCACCAGGCGGGCUCGCUGCUGCACGGCGACCCGGCCGACCGCUGCCAGAGCGUCCACGGCGGCACCAAGGCGGCGGAGGACCUGCUGGGCUGUGCCGGGGAGCCCCGGAUCCUGGGGGGCAGCGCGGAGGAGGCACCCGCCUGCGACCGGGCGCCCAAAACCUUCCCCAACGCGACGCUGGCCUCGGGCCGCUGCAACGUCGACGGCAUCCUCGCCUUGCUCCGGAGCAAGUGCGGCAACGGGCACAUCAACCUCCACCCCGUGGUGCAGCUCAUCGACAUCAUGAAGGACCUCAACCGCCUCUCCGAGGACCUCAAGAACAGUGGGGUGCACCUGGACUGUGGCAGCCUCCGCGGCGGCGGCGGGGGCCACGAGGACAGCCGCCUCCUGCCCGCCGACCGCGACCUCCAGUACAGCUUCUUCUCCUCGCCCUCCCUGGCCAACAGCAUCCGCAGCCCCGAGGAGCGGGGGGUGCUCCUCAAGUCCGACCCGCCGCGGCACCCCCGGCCCCCGGCGCGCGAUGGAGAAGCUGAUGGAGGCGGGGGGAGCGCCCCGCAGCCCCCCGGACACAGUGGGGGCGUGGGGGGGGUCUCCAAAGUGCCGGCAGAGGAAGCCGGUUGCUCCCAGCCUGAUGCCGGCGAUUACUCGGAGCUGGCAGAGGCGGACAUCCUGAACGAGCUGGCCUCCCUGGCGUGCCCAGGGACGCAGCUGCUGGAGUCGCAGGCGAUGGAGCCGCAGCCCCAGUUGCUGCCAGCACAAGAGCUGGACUCCCAAUCCCGGCUGUUGGAUUCCCAGUCCCUGGAGUCACAGCCCCAGCUGCUCGAUUCGCAGAGCCUGGAGCCUCUGCCAGAGUCGCUGGAGCUGCAAAACCUGGAGCCGUUGGGGCUGCAGUCGCUGGAGCCGCUCUCUGAGUCGCUGGAGCUGCAGUCGCUGGAGCCUCUGUCUGAGUCGCUGGAGCUGCAGUCGCUGGAGCCGCUGGCGGAGCCGCUGGGGCUGCAGACCCUGGAGCCGCUGCCUGGAGCACUGGAGCCCCCACUGCUGCCCACCGAGCCCUCGCUGCUGGAACCGCAGCCGCUGGGAACCGUCUCGGAGCUGCUGGAGGCACAGCCGGGCACCGGGGACCCGCUGCGGCCCCACGGGCUGCAGCCCAGGCUCGGGGGGUGCCCCCUGAGCACGAUGGUGAAGCGGGGUCCCUGCGGGGGCCGGGGGGCCGGGCGGUGCGGCGAGGACCACCGCAAGUACGCCCUGCGCCGGACAGACAAGCCAAAGAUGCUGUGCCGCCGGAGGAGGGCGGGGCGAGGGCGCCGGGUGGACGUCACCCCCGAAACCCGCGUCCUGUCCCCCCUCGCCCUGCCUGCCGAGGUGCCCCCCGGGCCCGAGGAGCCCGACACCCCACUGCUGAGCCCCCCGCCGCCGCCGCCGCCCCCCGCCACGCUGGACCCUGACGAGAUGCCCAAGGCCCCCGUGGCAGGGAAAAAGAGCAAGUGCCGGGGGGUGAGGAAGAUGGUGGUGAAGAUGGCCAAGAUCCCUGUGUCCCUGGGGAGGAGGAACAAGACCACCUACAAGGUGUCAUCGCUCAGCAGCAACUUGAACCUGGAGGGGAAGGAGCUGGCGGCCAGCACCUCCAUGGAGCCCACGCCGCUGCUCAAGAUGAAGAACAACGGGCGCAACGUGGUGGUGGUCUUCCCCCCCGGAGAGAUGCCCAUCAUCCUGAAGCGCAAGCGGGGCCGGCCUCCCAAAAACCUGCUGCUGGGCCAGGCCAAGCCCAAGGAGCCCACUCCUGAGGUGAAGAAGAGGAGGAGGAGGAAGCAGAAGCUGGCGUCACCCCAGCCCUCCUACAUCGCUGACACCAACGACAGCAAAGCCGACUACUCGGAUGUGUUGGCCAAGCUGGCCUUCCUCAACCGGCAGAGCCAGUGCUCGGGGCGCUGCUCGCCGCCCCGCUGCUGGACCCCCAGCGAGCCCGAGUCCAUCCACCAAGCCCCCGACACCCAGAGCAUCUCUCAUUUCCUGCACCGCGUCCAGGGCUUCCGCCGGCGCGGCGGCAAGGCGGGGGGCUUCGGCGGGCGCGGCGGGGGCCACGCCGCCCGCGCCGCGCGCUGCUCCUUCAGCGACUUCUUCGAGGGCAUCGGGAAGAAGAAGAAAGCCCCCACCGCCCUCCACGCCGACCCCGUGCACCCGCGCAAGCGUGGCCGGCCGGAGCCCGAUCCCGUGGGAAAACCCAAGAGGAAGCGGCGGGCGCGCAAGAACGGGGCGCUCUUCCCUGAACCCAACUCUGGGCAGAGCUUCAGUGACGGCCCCGCCGGAGAGUGGGGAGGUGGGGAGAAGGGCAGCCCCUGGGCCCCCCACCACGGCCACCCUGGCGGCCAGGCUGGACGCAACGGUGGCUACCAAGGGGCCGAGGCGAGACCCUUCCACGCCGCGGGGCUGGAGUCGGGCUCCUCCGGCCGCGCCGGCUUCUACGCUGGGAGUGCGCCGUCCUCGCAGACGGAGGCCGGUCCGGAGCGGCACAGCCUCUUCACCGGAUACUUCCGCUCCUUGCUGGACUCGGACGACUCCUCUGACCUGCUGGACUUCGCCCUCUCCGCAUCCCGCUCCGAGUCCCGUAAAUCAGCGGCCGCCUACACGGCCCCCCCGGCCGCGCUGCCCGGCCAGCGGGGCAUGGCCGCCUACACGGCCAGGGGUGGCAAGGUGGCAACGGCCACCCCUGGAGCUGAAGCCGCCUUCCACGCGGCCAUGCAGGGCCGGCCGGCAUUCCCACCCGGCCGCGCCGCUGCCGGCUAUGGGGUGACCCAAGGGUCGUCAGAGUGCCGGGGCGCCGAGUCCUUCCCCAAAUUGGCACCACCAUCAGCCGUGUCCCGGUCUCCCACAGCUCACCCGGCAGCCAGCGGCACCCCCGGCUACUCCCCUUAUGGCAGCUAUGGCAGCGCCGGGCAGAGCGUGGCACCCACCAGCGUGUUCCCACCGGGAAAGCAGUACCCACCGGCACAGGACUGCCCCAACAGCAAGGACUGCAGCUUCGCCUACGGCAGCGGCAGCAGCCUCCCGUCCUCGCCCAGCAGCGCCCACAGCGCCGGGUACGCGCCACCGACAGCCGGGCCCAGUUUGCCGCUGGGAAAAGCCGCCUUCUUCAACAGCGCCGAGCAGGGGGGGCAGUUCUCCAGCGCCGCGCACACCCCCCUGCGCUGCGACAGCCGCGCCAGCACCGUCUCGCCCGGCGGCUACAUGGUGCCCAAGGGGUCGGCGUCCUUCCAGCCCUCACCUGAAAACUGCCGGCAGUUCCCCAGCGCUGCGCCGUGGGCUUUCCGGCAGGGCUAUGGCGGGUUGGAUUGGAGCUCGGAAGCCUUCAGCCAGCUCUACAACCCGGGCUUCGAGUGCCACCUCAACGAGCCCAAUGUCAUCCUGGACAUCUCCAACUACACCCCGCAGAAAGCCAAGCAGCAGACAGUCUCCGAGACCUUCUCCGAGUCCUCCUCCGACAGCACCCAGUUCAACCAGCCGGCCGGUUACCGGCGCGCCAACAGCGAGGCAUCUUCCAGCGAGGGCCAGUCCAGUCUCUCCAGCCUGGAGAAGCUGAUGAUGGACUGGAACGAGGCGUCCUCCGCCCCCGGCUACAACUGGAACCAGAGCGUCCUCUUCCAGAGCAACUCCAAGCCCGGUCGAGGCCGACGGAAGAAGGUGGAUAUGUUCGACACCUCCCACCUGAGCUUCUCCUCCUCUUCCUCCUCCUCGUCCGUGUACCCCGCCAAGAGGAACACGGGACCCCGGCAGCCCCGGGGUUCCCGGGGGGCUUGUGCCUCCAAGAAGGAGAGGGGGACGGGCAAGGCCAAGUUCCCCACUAAGUCGCAGGCAGUGAACCCCCUCUUCCAGGAGAGCACGGACCUGGGCUUGGACUACUACAGCGGGGACAGCAGCAUGUCCCCCCUGCCCUCCCAGUCCCGGGGCUUCGGGGUGGGCGAGCGGGAGCCCUGUGACUACGCCGGCCCCUACUCCAUGAACCCCUCCACCCCCUCGGACGGGACCUUCGUCCAGGGGUUCCAGAGCGACUCCCCCGGCUUGGGGCAGCCGGAUUUGGAGAGCAAGCACUUCCCUGCCCUCCCGCACCAGCUGGCGGCCCCCGGCCAGCAGACUGUCUUCGAGGCUGGCUUGCAGAAAGCCUUCUCGCCCAACUGCUCCCCGACCUUGGCCUUCAAGGAGGACCUCCGGGCGGGCAGCAUCCGGAAGCUGCCGGCCUGCGACUCGCUCAAACACAGCAUGCAGGGGGGGGCCCUGCCGCACGCCCCCCACCUGGCCUGCCGCGACCUCCCCAUGCCUCAACCGCACUACGACUCCCCCAGCUGCAAAAACCCCCCGUACUGGUAUUCCCCCAACGCCAGCACCCGGAGCCCUUCGUACGACGGCAAAGCGGGGGCCGGGAUGCUGGUGGACUUCAUGGGCAGGACGGACCCCCCGUGUCUGAACCCCCACUUGAGCAGCCCGAGCGGCACCCACCCCUCCAAGGGCGAGAAGGAGCCCUUGGAGAUGUCCCGGGCUCACCACCGAGGACCCUACGCUUGUCCCCUGAUCAAUGACUUGAACAUCUCCCCCGUACCGAGAGACUCAAUGCUGCAGCUGCAGGACAACUACAGGUACCCCAGUUUUGCACCCCAAGGGCACCCCGUCAUGGCCCCCACCCAGAAGAGCGGGUUUUUGGGACCCAUGGUAGAGCAACAACACCCUGAGGACACUUUUACGGUCACCUCAUUGUAGUGUCUGCUGACGUGCCAACCGGACAACGAGGUUUUGUUACAGGAGGUAAUUUAGCCAGCACUUUUUUCUGGAACACUUUUCAAGUUCUGUAUUUAACUGGGAUUGGAACCGUUUGUUUGUUUUCUAAAAAAAAAAAAAAAAAAAAAAAAAA